AUGGAAGCCAUAUCUGCCUCCCAUGGUCUGCAGUAUCAUGGCAGGUCUAUAAGUUUGCCUUCAAGAUUAUACCCUACACCCGAAAACAUUGAAGCUGAGCUCGACAAACUAAGAACAUGGGAGACAACCUCGUCCUCUCCUCCGAGUUCAAAGUCCAUACGAGCUGGUCUUCUCAUGCUAGCAGAGCUAUACGAGUCUCUUCAAGAACUAGUGCAGUCUCCGAGCACCCAACGAGCUCUUCUGCAACAAAACAGGGCGAUAGUUGAAGAGGCUUUAGAGGGAUCCCUUGUUUUUCUCGACUUCUGUGGGAACAUCCAAGGGGUGAUUCGCAUGGUUAAGGAUAAAGUUAAAGAACUCCAAUCAGCUUUGAGAAGAAAGGGAGGAGAUUCGAGCAUCGAAGGUGACAUAACUGAUUUCUUGAGUUUCAUAAAGCGAGUGAAGAAAGAGGCAACAAAGAGCCUGAGAAGGCUGAAGCAGAUGGAGAAUAGACCACCUGUCUUCCAUGAAAUCGAUGUUUACUCAUCAAUGGUGAUCAGGGUGAUGAGAGAAGUGUCUGCAAUUACCAUCUCAGCCCUCCGGCCUGUCCUCGCUUUCCUCUCCUGCCCUUCUGUAAAGAACAAUAAAUCCAGUGGGUGGUCAUUGAUAUCCAGGCUUGUGCUCAACAAAUCAGCAGUCCCCAGCAGCGAAAUGGUCGGGGGCAAUCUGGGGAGUGUUGAUGCUACUAUUGCUUCUCUUCAAGGGAUCAUCAAGAUUAAUGGUGAUUUACAAAUGGCCAGGAAAAGAUUGCAGAAUUUUGAUGCUGAAAUUGAAGGUCUUGAAACUGGUUUAGAUUGCUUGUAUAGGCACUUGAUCCAAAGUAGAGUCUCCCUUCUUAAUAUCCUCACUUGCUAG